AUGGUACAUUAUCAGAAUUUACGAAACAAAUUGUUUGAAAGUUUGAAAGCUCAAAGUCCAUUGUUCAAACUGCUCUUCAAUGGCCAACAGCUGCAAGGUAGUUAUGGUGACAACGUCAAAGUGGGUCAUCCAGAUGAGUACGACUUGGUAUUCUUUCUAAAAAUUCCAAAGCAAGAAGAAUUAAUCAUCACAGAAGACCCCGAUUGUCCGGGCAAUGUCUUUAUUGACGUGCAAAAUGUUUUGAAUGCUCUAAAGAAUGAAAAAGGUGACUCACUAAUCUACGAGAAGCUGCGGACAUGGACUACUAGCGAAAAUGAAAGCGAAUAUUUGAACAUAGAGAAAUUACAAUUUUGGUUGAAAAGCUGCUUCGACAAAGCACUAUUGGCUAUGAAAAGCAGUGGCGUUUUGAAGAAUUUCAAAUUCGUGUAUCGGCGCUGUGGACCAGCGCAUACAAUGUUUGUGGAUGAGCCGCAAAAGUUCUCAGUGGAUUUCGUGCCAGCAAUUGUAUUGGGACAGUCAGCUGAAAGGCAUGGCAUACCUAAACCAGUCGAGGGUCAAAAAUCGUUUCGUGUCUCGUAUUUUGCGGAGGAGCAAAAACUGAUGAAGGAUAAGAAAGCGUUGAAAAAUGCUUUAAGAAUAAUGAAGAAAUUCCGCGAUAGUCAUUCGAAUAUGGCGAAUUUAAAAAGUUACUACAUAAAGACAUUGUUCCUAUGGAAAACAGCUGAGGUGGAGAAUUCUUACUGGGAUUCUAGACUUUGUGAUGUCAUUACAGAUAUGUUCAAACAGUUGAAACUUAGCUUAGAUGAAGGACGCUUAGAAUUCUAUUGGAACAAGAAUUUGAAUCUAUACGGCUUCAUGAAUGAGAAAAAGAUUAGAGAAAUGCGUUACUAUAUAAUGGGUGUUUAUGAAGAGAUAUUUUACGCACAUGAGAGGAUGUAUUUACAACAACAUAAAGCACAUAGAAUUCUCAGCAUUUUCUUGACUAAGGCGGAGCGGAGGCAAUGUCUACCACUAAUAGGUCGACAUAUCAAAAACCGUUACCAACGUGAAGUGAGAGCUGUAAAGCGAUUCAAAGCGUCUCACAUAACCACUGCCACGGCUGCUGGUGUAUCUCAUUACGAGGAAAUGUUCACAUAUCGUGCUACAGCAAUAAAUGACAAUUAUAUGUUAAAAGAGGAAAUUACUUAUAUUUCUGAUGGUGGCGAACCAUUUUUGCAUAAUCUCAGCGAAGGAUGCCUCAUAGAGUUAUACAAUCUAUUUGACUACGAUGAACGAUGUUUUCAUAAUUCUAUAAUGUAUUAA